AUGGAAGGUUCUUCAUUAAGCGUUCAAAUACCUUCAUUUGGUGAACAACUUAUUUCUUUAUUAAUAUUUAAAUCUAUGUCACUUGUUCCAUCGACUAAUAGAAAACAAGUAACACUCUCAGCUUUGAUCAUUAUUCAAAUGAAUUCACCACUUGGCCAUCGAUCUCCACUUAAUAUUCAAUCAAUGGAUAUGAAUGUUCAUCUUUUCUACGAAGAAAAUUCUGUUGGUAUGCUGGAUUUUUCUCAAGUUCCAAUGCAAAAACUCAAUGAAAAUACAUAUCAAACACAAUUUACUGAUAAAUGUUUAAUACUUAGUGAUAGAGGCUCAUUCACACUUGGUUCAUUGAGUAUUAGUGAAAUUAUUGUCGAUAAUAAUAUAACAUUAGUUGGUCUUGCAGGUCUUAAUAAUGUUCGCCUUCACGAUAUAUCUGUUGAUGGUGACGAAGGCACUGCUCUUCAACUUUCUAUUAAUAUGACCAUCGGUAACCCUGGUGUAACUGACAUUAAACUACAAAACUUUACAUUUAAUAUAGUCGAUAGUGAUAAUGAGACAGUCCUUGGUCAAAUACCUAUCAAUAUAUUAUCUUUACCAUCAGGAAACAACAUUAUGACACUCACUGGUCUGCUUGCUGCAUUAAGCGAAAAAGAUUUGCCUGCUGUUGGUAAAUUAUUCUCUGCAUAUCUUAAUAUUCAAACACAAUCAAUAACACUUUUUCAUGAACUAUCUACUAAUGAGCACAAUGCUACUGCUAUGAAUUUAACAAUAAGUAGUCUAUCAGUGAAAUCAAAUCUUGAUGGUAUAGAAGCAAAAUUAAUUCAACGAAUGGAAGUUCUUAAUUUUGGUAUUGAAUUUGAUUCAAUGAUUGUUAAUAAAGUUUACAUAACUAGUCAAUUAUCAGUUUUAUUUCAAUUACUAUCUAAUGUUCAUAUGACAUUUGAAGAAUUAUAA